AUUGAUUGUUGUCUGAUCCGAUUGUUAUUGUAAAAUGGAAGUAGUCUCUACCAGCUUUCACAGUAAAAAUUGAAAUAUUGGAUAAAAACAACAAUCAAAAUUUAGUCAUUUGAUGGUUUCUGUGCACUAAACUAAUACAAAAUGGAAGUUCAUUUAAUUGUGCUGAUUCUCGCUGCUUUUUCCGCGACUUAUGUCUCUGGUCAUUCAUAUGAGGACAACCGCUGUAAGUGUGUGUGCCCGAGUCCGGCGGCGGUGCUCAACAACACAGCGGGUGCAGACCGAAGCCCUUUCAUGAAGUCUGCCAAUGUCCCACCAAAUAAAUGCAAUUGCGAGAAUGUGAUCCUUCCUCGGGUGGCAGACCAGAUCAAGGGUCGGGAGCAAGAGUUCUGCCCCCGCUGUGAGUGCAAGUAUGAAAACAGAAAUACUACUAUCAUCAAGGUGGUAGUGAUCAUCGUGAUCUGGGUGAUCAUGCUGCUGGUGGUGUACAUGGGAUUCCUGAUCUGCCUGGACCCGCUCAUCAACAAGCGCGCCAAGGCCUCCUACCAGGAGCACACCAAUGAAGAAGACGAGGGCAGCUUGGGCGGGCCGUCGCAGCAGCUGGGCGCGCGCGGCAACGUGCUCAACCGCGUCACACACCAGCAGGACAAGUGGAAGCGGCAGGUGCGCGAGCAGCGCCGCAACAUCUACGACCGCCACACCAUGCUCAACUAGGAGCGCGACAGACACACUCACACGUAUCUAUUCCAUCGUAUAACGUAGUUAGCUAGGGAACUAAACGUUUUUACCAUUUGAGGAUUUUAUUAUAAUUAUAUUACAUGUAAGUAAAGAAUUUAUAAAAAAAUUAUGAAUUUUGACUAAUUAUUCAAUAUUUGAAUCUUAGGAAAGCCAAUACAUGUUAGUAAUUUAAAGAAAUCACACUGAAUUUGCAAUACUUCACACAAACCCUAAACGCUUAACCUUUGUAUCUUCUACAACGAAUAAUUUAAUGUUUACUAGAAAAUUACUAUGUAAGCACAUGUACAUCUAACUAGAGAUAGUAUCUUAUACAGUUUCGAAGCAAUAAUAACAGUAGUCAUUAAUCCUCCUUAUAGUAUAAUUACUUACCAAUUUUAUGAUAGUACCUGACAGUUGUCAAUAACUUAAUAAGUAUUAGAAAUUUUAAACAUGUUUCUCUACAUAUAUAAUUACAAGUAUUACACAUCUGA